CUUAUUAAAUAGAUUUUGACAUGGAUUUAUUUUGUGAAUCGCUUUUCAUGUGGCAGUUACUAUGUGUUCUGCUAACAUCAAGGCUCGUACCUGCAGUUAGUGAAAACACAACUGAUAAUGAAACUGGUGUCGAUGGAGCGUCCGCUGCCUCCGAUAUGGACUAUGAAACAACGGAUUCUGAAUUGGUGGAAGUUGAUGGCUUAAUGAUCAACAAAUCAGAGAUUAAAACCAUGAAUUUCGGGGAUUUUUUUCAAAAUUUGACGACACAGCAGGAAGAGAAUCCAGGAACUGAUACUAGCACUGAAGAUGAGACGUCGCCCGAAGCAGCGCGUGAAAAGCUGAUGAAAGUAAACCCAAACUUGGUGAACUUCAUCGAAAAGGUCAUGAAAGUUCGAGAUCAUCAUUCAGGUCAUAUUCGAGAGUUCUUUCCACACACUUGGAAAUACUACGAAGACCGGGAAUCCGCAGACGAUCUUUCCGACAUUUGUUUGUUCUCGCCAACUGGAGCAUGCCAUGUUUUCGUUACAAACAAGUGCAAAGUUAUAACUUACGAGUCAUUAUUCAUACCGAAGGGAUUUCAAAAUGAUAGUUGUAGACUGCAUGAGAAGUACAUCUACCACGAUUUUAAACCUGACUUAAAACUGGUAACAGAUUUGAAAAAGUAUCCAUCGUUUAAUAACUUAAAUCACAGCAGUCUUCGAGUUAGAUACAAGUGCGAAAUGAACACUAAUCUAUUCCCAGCUAAUCAAUCUGGAAUCGUCAAGUAUUUGAGUCCUGCUCAAUUCAUGAAGGUUGUGAAUGGAUCGAGGUCCUGUAUUUUGGCGAUGUUCUUUAGUCCAUAUUGUGUGUUUUCUGUCAAGUUUGCGCCACAUGUGAACGCCCUUGCAAGAAAUUUCCCGGCAAUUCACGUCGUUGCAGUUAACGCUCUCCUAAAUAAACAAUUGGAUGCGCGGGUGGGUGUGGUGGGCACACCCUCCCUCCUCUUCUUCUAUAAUGACCAGACCAUAGGCAGGUACUCGGCCUCCUCCGAUUUCCACACCCUCGCUUCCCUCAUGUCAAAUCUCACAGGCCUGACCCCGAAGUCACUGGAGCUGAUCGCCUCAGAUUACGAGGAAGGUGCUCUACCUGUGAAAGUGCAGCCUCACAUUGACAUUCUGGCAGUGGCCUCAACUCUAGUUUGUCUCUCAUUUUCAUGCGCACUCCUUAUUCACUUCACAUCUGUCGGGUUCUUCGCAUGGGUCAAGGUCAAAGAGUUCAUGAGCGAAAUACCACUCGUAGACUUCUUUAUGAACUGAAAAGAGUUGUUUCUUUUUUUUGUCCCUCAAUUUUUCCGGAGCAGAGAGGCGAGUUUAUCGUGAACAGAAACAAGUACGCUGUGAACGAAGAAUUCGUGCAAUGAACUGAUCGCUUUUCCUGGAGAGAAAUCUAAGUGGAUGCGUGAUUAAUUAAUGAUAAAGGCAGACAGGAACUGAGAAAAGGAGAUAUAAACUAGCAGAGAUAUUAAUUAAAUAAAAAACUGAAUUUUAAAAUGAAUUUUGAUGCGAAAAUUUAGAAUUUUGUAGAAACGAAAAUUUAGAUUUUAGUCGGUA